CUUCGUGAAAAAAUGUGCUUUUUCUGUCAACGACUGCAGCUGCUGUAUCAAAGCUACAUUAUUCAGUGAAAUAGGUGAGAAAGACAAGUCUGGUUUUGCAGUGGUUGACGUUCACCUCCUGUUCUUAUCCGCGUAUUGUCGAAGUGGUUUCUUUACUUCCUGACGACAUUUGGAUCACUGUCUGGUGGACGGUAGAUCAGCGUCAGCACUUACUUCUCCUUGCUUGUAGUUGAUGGUUUUCGGCUGUUCUGAACAAACAGAAUGUAGAAGUCUUGUGUAAUUUGGGAAAUGUCGACUAAGAGAAGAGGACAGUCGUCUACUAUCGACGCUGACUUAUUCGAUGCGGAGAUGAGCAGUGAUGGUGGCGAGCGUGCUGAACAAGACGCCCAAUCCGGCGGCUCUGAUAGCGGAUCCAGCGGUGACGAGUCAUCAUCUGACAACUCUUCCGCCAGUGAUUCCUCCUCCAGUGGCAGCUCCAGUGGCAGUUCGGGAUCGGCCACCGGCUCCUCCGUAUCAAGCAGUGAGGCGGAGAGCGAUGCUGCCAAUGCUUCUGAGGUGGACGAGAAUGUCAGUGAUGAGGAAGAGGGAGGCAAUGAUGGCGGAGCAGCUAGAAAAGACGAAUCUGAGUAUGAGGAUGGGGAUGAGGAAGAUGACGAUGAAGAAGAUGCUGAGGAAAAUUCUAGUUCAGAGGACGGCGAUUAUUCGUCGCGGUCUGGUUCCUCGUCAUCUGGUUCUGGGUCCGAUUCUGAUUCCACCACGGGAACUAGCAACCGAUCGGUUGGACGUGCAUCGCCCAGUGACUACACGACGCGCAGCUCUGCGCUGACCUCCAAGUCAAACAGCCCGGACAACAACGAGCGCAUUCAGCCACGUGCUGACAAUCCCUCUUCCAGCUUAUCAGGGCGCCGCCGUCCAGCUCGAAAAGUCGAGCUGCCCAGUGACUUUGUGGAGAAUGCUGAGAUCUAUGGCUUUCGUCGCUCCAGCCGCCAGAAAACCAAGCCACAGCAGCAGUCACAGCUGUCAGAUAGCUCCGCAUCUGAUGAGGAAAGCGAUGACUAUCGACCCAUAAAGAGGAAAGCUGUUCCCUCAUCCGGUAGACGGCGGAAAGGAGGCAUGUCGAAGAAGUCUAGUCGUACGAAAGGCAGGUCUGCUUCGACAAAGAAGAAAAACAAGAACGAUGGCUACAUUCUGAGAGAUUUCCUGGAGGAGCGGCAUAGCAGCGGCAGCGAAAGCGGCUCCGACGCAGAGUUCCACCCCACGUCUAAAUACAUUUCGAAGAAGAAGAAGAAGCAGGCACGUAGCAAGCACAUGGGUAGCUCCAGUGGGAGAUCUGCUUCUGCCGAUGCAUUCUCCUACGCUAAUACUGCCAAGCGGAAAGCAACGAAGGGUGUCGUAAGCUAUGUGGAGAAAGAGAGUGACGAGGAUGUUGUGAGUGACGACGACGAGCUUAUGGACGACGACGACUUUCUUCCUAUGCCCGUGAAAGAAGAGCCGGAAGGCGAGUGCAUAGAGCGUAUCAUGGGCGAGCGUCAGGGUCGCAUCAGAGACACGGGCGAUACAACGACCAUGUACGCUGCCCGGUCUGAGGAGCAGAACGCACUGAUACGCGACGGCGAAGCGACCGAGCGCCAGUUCCUGAUCAAGUGGAAGACCUGGUCGCAUCUACACAACACCUGGGAGAGCCUGGACUCACUCACUGUCGCAAAUGCCCGUGGUACCAAGAAGCUUGACAACUACAUCAAGCGGCAGCAGGAGAUCGUUGAAGCUGAAAAGCAUGCCACACCGGAGGAGGUGGAGUAUUUCCGCUGUCAAAUGGAGAUGGUCGACGACUUGAACAAGCAGUACACCAAGCCUGAGCGAAUCAUAGCUCAUCGCCGCAGCGAGGACGGCACCACGCAGGACUAUCUCGUCAAGUGGUGUGGCUUGCCGUAUUCAGAAUGCUCUUGGGAGAUAUUCGAUCUGGUGGCAUUGGCAUCGCCUGAUAAAGACAUCAUUGGGGAGUUCUUGCGCCGUGAGCAGUCUGAGUGUACGCCGAAUAAAAAUAGCAAGGUAUUACGGCAGCGUCCAAAGUUCGUGCCGCUGAAGGAGCAGCCGGAGUACAUUGGCAACAAGAACAAAGACCUUCGCCUGCGUGACUAUCAGCUGGUCGGCGUGGACUGGCUGACCUGCUGUUGGUGUCGGGAGAACUCGUGUAUUCUGGCCGAUGAAAUGGGUCUCGGAAAGACCAUUCAGUCCGUGUCCGUUUUGAAUCGUCUUCAUCACCAGUUCCAGCUGUAUGGACCCUUCCUGGUUGUUGUGCCGCUCAGCACGAUUGUAGCUUGGCAGCGCGAGUUUGAAACGUGGGCACCACUGCUCAACACUAUUGUCUACAUCGGGGACACCAUGUCACGCACACGGAUACGUGAGCAUGAGUGGAUGAGAGGCAACAAAAUCAAGUUCAAUGUGCUCAUCACCACCUACGAAAUCCUUCUCAAAGACAAGAUGUUCUUGGGCAGUCAGAUCAACUGGGCCGUGCUAAUGGUGGAUGAAGCGCAUCGUCUGAAAAACGAGGACUCGCUGCUCUACCGCACUCUGCAGGAGUUUCACACUAACCACCGUGUUCUGAUCACUGGCACACCGCUGCAGAACUCCCUCAAGGAGCUCUGGGCACUGCUGCACUUCAUCAAACCCGCGCUGUUUGAUUCCUGGGAGAGGUUUCAAGAAGACCAUAGUCAUUUCAAUGAAGGUGACGGCACUCGCCUUGGAGAGCUCCACCAUGAACUGGAGCCGUUUCUGCUGCGCAGAAUCAAGUCCAAUGUCGAGACAUCCCUUCCGGCCAAGGUGGAGCAAAUCCUACGCGUGGACAUGACCAGUGCGCAGAAGGACGCUUACCGGUGUAUCGUCACCAAGAACCUCGGCGCGCUGAGACGAGAAACGCGCAGCACGUCGAUCAACGUGAUGAUGGAGCUGAAGAAAUGCACUAACCAUCUACAUCUGGUGUCCAUACCGGAGGAAGAGCUCCAAGUCAGAUCUCUCGUCGAUCGCAUCCAGGCAUACACCAGCGGUAGUGGCAAGAUGAUGUUGCUUGACAAGCUAUUGGUACGCCUGAAGGAGACUGGACAUCGUGUUCUCAUCUUUUCGCAGAUGGUGCGCAUGUUGGACAUUCUGGCCGAGUACCUCAAGCUACGGCGUUUCCAAUUCCAGCGUCUUGAUGGCUCCAUACCAGACGAUCUCAGAAAGCAGGCGUUGGAUCAUUUCAAUGCAGAGGGCUCGUCCGAUUUCUGUUUUCUGCUGUCGACACGCGCUGGCGGUUUGGGCAUCAAUCUUGCGUCUGCGGACACCGUGAUCAUCUUUGAUUCCGACUGGAAUCCGCAGAACGACUUGCAAGCUCAGGCCCGGGCGCAUCGUAUCGGCCAGAGAAAGCAGGUGAAUAUAUACCGCUUGGUCACCAAGAACACGGUGGAGGAGAACAUUAUCGAGCGUGCCAAGAGGAAAAUGGUCCUGGAUCAUCUCGUUAUUCAGCGCAUGGACACCACGGGAAGAACGGUGCUGUCCAAGAAUGCCAAGAAUGCUGUUCCUAGCUUCAGCAAGGAUGAGCUGAACGCCAUUCUGAAAUUCGGCGCAGAGGAUCUGUUCAAGGAGGAUGCCGAGCGGGACAAGAAGCUUCAGGAUAUGGACCUGGACGACAUUCUGAAUCGUGCCGAGCAGCAGGCUGACCAAACCCUGGCCAGCCAGGGCAAUGAUCUGCUCUCUCAGUUUGGGCAAGUAGCUGAUCUGUCUCUGAUGGCUCAAGAAUGGGAGAAGGAGGCCACAUUGCCUGCGAAUACCGACAGCCCUAAGAAACUCAAGGCACCGACAGCAGCAGCAGCGGCAGGCAAGGACGAUUCAAGCUCGCCCAAAUGCAUGGACGACAGCUACGUGGAGCAAGCCUGGGAGGAGAUUGUGCCGGCUGAAGUAUUGGCUGAAGCUGAUCGACACGAAGAAGAGGAACACCUGAAGGAGAUGUACUUGGGUCCUCGUGCUAGAGGGGAUGUGAACUACAACGAAGGCAAAGUGACGCGCUCAGCUAGUCCGUCCGUAGGUGGCAAGAAGCCCAAGUCCACCAAGAAGAGGUCAGUCACGUCGAGGAAAGCUGCCAAAGGCGAGGACAGCUCCGAAGAGUCCAGCAACAGCGAUAGUGAUGGCAAGCCAAAGGUGCGCGGCCGGCCUCGGGCCUCGAAGAAAGAUGAUGUGCCCGGGUUCACCAACAAUGAAGUUCGGAAUUUUGUCAAGAGCUAUAAGAAGUUUGGCUUGCCGCUUACCAGACUCGAUGCUAUUGCUGCCGAUGCUCAGCUGACAGAGAAGUCCACUGCCGAUCUUUGCCGCCUUGGUGAGCUAAUACACGACGGUUGUGUCGACGAAGAGAAGAAGUACGAUGAGCGACUGAUAAGUGAUCCCAACUUUGAUGGUAAAAAGCGCGGUGCUACAUUGAAGUUAGCCGGUAUGACUAUCAACACGUCGUCUGUGCUGAAGCGAGAGAAAGAACUCGAGCCCCUGGCUACUUGUAUUCCCACCAAUCCAGAGAAGAGGAAAAACUUUCGUCUGACUAGUCGCAGUAAAGUGGUACACUGGGGUAUUGAGUGGAGUGUCCUGGACGACGCCAUGCUGCUCAUUGGCAUGUACGAGUAUGGCGUGGGUAGCUGGCUAGCUAUCAAGGAAGACCUCAAACUCGGCCUCGCUGACAAGAUUCUUCCAGCUGACGAGACAAAGAAGCCGCAAGGAAAGCAUUUGCAAACCCGAGCCGAGGCAUUACUUAAACUUCUGCAGGAAGAAAUCAAAAUGGCUAGCUCACAGAAGACGUCUGUACUUCCUCGGCCAAAGAUCCGGCAGCCCAAGAAGGAAAUUCCCAGCGGCGACAAGGACAUAGGGAAAAUGCCACCCCUGGAGCCGAUCAGCGCUUCUCUGGAGAAAGCGCCACAUUCACUGCCUAACGGAGGACCCCUUCCCACUAGCAAAACCUCAGCCGAAGCUCCGACCAAGAAGCCCAAAUCGACAUCCAAGGCGAAACAAUCGUCAACCAAGGAAUCAGUCCACAAUGGCUCAGCCUCUACGUCAGUAACCAUGACCACAGCUUCUCUGCCGACAAAUAUGCCCGUUGGGAGCAAGACAUCGGCACUCAGUACUGGCGAGAAGACGGAUUCCUCUGCAGCGAAGAGAGCUGUGCAUCGAUCCCCGCAGAAGUCUUCACGCCCGUCGCCGCUUGCAUUGUGCUCGACGUCAUCGGCUUCAUCGCGCCCUGAGACCAAGUCACAGCAGGAGUGCAAGAAGCUGCUCAAGCCUGUGCGUGGUGCCCUGCUCAAGCUACAGAGUCCGGACAGCGCGCUCAGUGACCAAGAGCGCAUUGCGGCCAACAGCAAGAAUCUUCUGGUUGUCGGCAAUCACAUCCACCACAUGCUGGAGAGUAUGUCAAGUGACGACGACAAGUGCAAAUGGAGAGAGUUGUUCUGGGACUUCAUUGCGCAAGGCUUGAAAACGGAUGCCAGCAAGCUGCGCAAUCUCUACAAGCUGGCCAGAAAGAAGCAACGGCAGCAUGGUGGCUCCGACCCUUCUGAGCGUUUGCCUCAGGACGUGAACACGCUUCGCACUGCUAGUCCGGAUCUCCGCUCCUCCAGUCCUAACUCCAUGCGUGCGCAGGACAUUUCCGCCCUGUACAAACCGUCUCUACUAGCCAGUUCUCGCCGCAGUACCAAACCAGUAUCCAGUGGAGCUGCCACCUCCACCGGUAGCUCUCGUGAUCGUGAUCGGGACCGUAUGGGCUCCUCAUCGUCAAGAGAUCGAGACGGCCGUGAGCAUUCCCGCCAGUCCUACGACAAGGACUCGGAUCGUCACCGCGGCGGUGGCGGCGGCAGCGACGACUACCGCUCCUCGCACCAUCGUCGUGACAACCACCGCGACCGGUACUAUGACGACCCGAGGCAUCGUGAUGGCGACAGCUGGCAUCAUGGCCAUCAGUCCAAACACGGCAGUAGCAAUAGCAGUGGGUCAUCCCGGCAACCGUUCUCCUCCAGUCCGUCCAGAUACUCGCAGUCCUCUUCUAGAUCUCAUCAGCAGCAGCAGUCGACAAGCAGUACCACCGCCAACAACAGCAGCAGCAGUAACAGCACAGGGGCCACGACAGCAGCAGCCGCCUCAACGUCAGUGUCAUCCAGCCAAUCGCAGCAUUCAGCGCCAUCUGCAGCUGCGGCAUCAUCAUCAUCCGCAAAGUCCGUAACUCCGCUGACAUUGGGAGCUCCUCCGCCGCAGGUGCCCUACACCCCGCCCAAACCGGGUGAGUCGCAGAAGCGUCCCGGGAUGCCGUAUGGCGAACACAGUCCUCCGCUGAAGAAGAGUCGCUUUCACGAUCCCCCACCGUGAUGAGAUUGGUUGUGCUAGCGUUUUAUGCCACGGUGGACCACAGGUGGUUCCUUGUAGCAGAGUGGCAUAGCACGUGACAUACUCAAUUUGACUGUAUGAUGGUGUGGUCGUUCAAAGUGAAUUCUGGUGCGGUGGACGACCUACUCUCUAGUGACGCUCCUAUGCGUGUUGCGCGCAUGGCUAGUCGGCUACUUGAUGAAAAGUCGCCUGGCACUUCUGCUGAAUAAAGGCGACCUCGCAUAGCUUUUUCACCGCUAGCUUGCGCAACUCCAAACUCGAGCUGUACCAGUAGAUAACUGUGCGCAUUGAUCUCUUCCGCCGUUUUUAUAUCCUAUUUGCCCGUAAAUUGAUCCUGCUGCUGUCACAAACACCAUGUGCCACAUCAUAGCCAUGUGCUCCAGUUUUUACAGUAUUGCUAUUUCCGUAUUUCGUCUUGUUCACCUCUCUACUCUGGUCAUCGCUUUUUCAGAUUGUCUUAUCUUCUCUGAUUUUUAGUGUCCGCUUUUGGACCGAGCCGGCUGUGCUGUAUUUUAUCCAGGCACGCCUUCGAUGCGCCUCGUAUCCAGGGCGACCCUUUUACGAUGCAAAGCUGUUGUAGAAUUGCUUUGCGGCCCUUGAUGUUCAGACACGCCUUGGCUGAGUCUAGUUUGUGCUAUUCUAGUGUUGUAAGUUAGUAGCAGUCUUGUUUUUCUUGAACAGAGUUUAGUUUGUCACACGACAAUGCACUCACUGAGUACCGCAUCCUGUGCGGACUAAGAACGUCUGCUACAAUGUGAUGAAUCAUUUGUAUGGAUCAUCGACAGCUGUUCUACGUGAAAACUGCACUAUUGUGAUAGCAUGAAGCCGCUGCUGCGCUGGUCCCGCAUGGCGUAAUCCAU